AUGUUACCCACACAUCACAUUAAAGAACCAGUAUGUGCUGGGGGUAUCAACUUCAAAGUAGCUUCAAUCACUUCAUCUGCUAUUGAAAUCACUCAUCCAUUCCAUUCACCUUUGCACAUGAUUGCAAAGGUUUCUGAUGAACCUGAUGCUAUGUUCCCAGAGCAUUACUCACUCCCAGCUGGUGGAUGGACACCAAAGAAGGAUAUCCAACACUGUAACACACCACUUAUCAGUUGUUACCUCAACACAUCAGACAAGGGUAAUGGAACAACACAAUUCUUAGUUACUGCAUUAGUCUUUAUCAAGUAUUCUGAACAAUCACAAGUCAUCAAGACAAUGUGUGAACAUGAAAUAUCACUGGAUCAACCUCCACGCUACAAUCCUAGCUUUCAUCAUCAUGUAGAUCUUAUCAACAUUACAGGACUGACCACCCCUGACUGGAAAUCUGCAUUCCCGGAAACUCACCUUCUCUUGGCUACGCAGGCUGCCCAACUUGCAUCAAUCCAGUGUGGAGAAGAUCUUCAGCCAUCAGAACCAUCAGAUAUCAUUAAAUCUCAGCUGAAACCUCAUCAGAAACAGGGCCUGGCAUUUUUAUUAGAUAGAGAAAACCAUUAUCCACCAGCUAUAGAUCACUGUGGCAAUGUGUUAACAAAGGCUCCUUUAACAAGUGGACACACCGUUUGUGUGGCGAGGAAUUCAUUUCAACAGCAGAUAACCCGGCCCCAAUUAGUCCACAGGCAUCUAUACUGGCUGAUGACAUGGGACUUGGGAAAACUUUACAAACAAUCACUUUAA